AAACCCUAGAGCUUCAUUUCCCGCCCCACCAUCACCAAAUGGCCGCCGCCGCCCGACCCCUCGUGUCCGUCCAACCACUGGAGAACGACAUGGCCACCGACGGAGGUUCCGCCGGCUCCAACUCCGUUCCCCUCCCCGACGUGAUGAAGGCCGCCAUCCGCCCCGACAUCGUCACGUUCGUCCACGGCCAGAUCUCCAACAAUGCCCGCCAGCCCUACGCCGUCUCCAGACGCGCCGGCCACCAGACUUCCGCCGAGUCCUGGGGCACCGGCCGCGCCGUCUCCCGUAUUCCCCGCGUUCCCGGUGGCGGCACGCACCGCGCCGGUCAGGGAGCCUUCGGAAACAUGUGCCGCGGCGGGAGGAUGUUCGCGCCGACCAGGAUCUGGCGCCGCUGGCAUCGGCGCGUCAACGUCACCCAGAAGCGCCAUGCCAUCGUCUCCGCCAUCGCCGCCUCCGCUGUCCCCUCGCUCGUGUACGCCCGUGGGCACAGGAUCGAGGAGGUCCCCGAGCUGCCCCUCGUCGUCUCCGAUUCCGCUGAGGCCGUUGAGAAGACCAACGCCGCCGUCAAGAUCCUUAAGCAGAUCGGCGCCUUUCCUGACGCCGAAAAGGCCAAGGACAGUCACUCGAUCCGCCCUGGAAAGGGGAAAAUGCGCAACCGCCGCUACAUCUCGAGGAAGGGACCCCUCGUCGUGUACGGGACUGAAGGAGCAAAGCUCGUAAAGGCUUUCCGCAACAUCCCUGGCUUGGAGGUUGCCCACGUUUCCCGCCUGAACCUCCUCAAGCUUGCGCCCGGAGGCCAUCUUGGGAGAUUCAUCAUCUGGACCAAAUCUGCCUUUGAGAAGCUGGAUGAGAUUUACGGGACUUUUGACAAGCCCUCCGAGAAGAAGAAAGGGUAUGUGCUGCCCAGGACCAAAAUGGUGAAUGCUGACCUGGCCAGGAUCAUCAACUCCGAUGAGGUGCAGUCUAUUGUGAAGCCAAUCAAGAAGGAAAUCAAGAGGGCUCCCCUGAAGAAGAACCCGUUAAAGAAUCUGAAUGUGAUGUUGAAGCUCAAUCCGUAUGCUAAGGCUGCUAAGAGGAUGUCAUUGCUGGCUGAGGCACAGAGGGUUAAGGCUAAAAAGGAGAAGCUUGACAAGAAGAGGAAGCAGAACACUAAGGAGGAGGCAGCAUCAAUUCAAUCUGCUGGCAAGGCCUGGUACAAGACUAUGAUCUCAGAUAGUGACUACACAGAAUUUGAGAACUUCUCAAAGUGGUUGGGCGUGUCUCAGUAAUUUUGAUUCUCUUUAUGUUUAUUAGAAAAAACUACAUGCAAAGUUUGUUUUGUGUUAUGUUUUUCGGGUGUUGGAGAUUGAGAAACAAAGAUUGUGAGGUUUUAUGGGAUGGGAAAAAAUAUUGCAAUAAUGUACUUUAUCCCCCCUCCAACUUUUUUUGGUACGUCGGUAUUUUUUUCAGUUUGCGAGUUGUUUUUUCAAGACAAAUAUAUUUGAAGACCCAUUUUACUUUCAGUAUUAUUAAGUGUUCUACCCAUUUUGUUUUUAUAUGCUAACUAUGGUUUGCUUUGCCAUCUAUAAUUGUGAAAA